AUGGCGGACAUGAUCCUUCCCAUGGUCGCCCUCGCUGGGCUCGUCCAUGCAGCACCACAAGGUGGGCUCAACCUCGGCGGCGCGGUUGGCGCUGGUGCUGGUCUCGGCGCCGGUCUUGGUCUGCCAGUUGGCGGUGCGGCUGUGCCCACCUCUCGCAUCCCGAGCAUCACGCUCCCCACUCUCCCAAUCACCACGUCUGCUACGCAGGUCGCUGUGCCAGUUCCUGUCGUUGGCGGCGGUAGUGCUGGCGUGCCUGCUCUCCCAAGCGUUGCACUCCCAAGUGUUGCUGCUGGUGGGCUUCCAAACCCAGCCGGUCUCGUUCCAUCGGUUGGUGGAGGAUUGCCCGCUCUACCAACUAGCGGACUCCCAGCUGUCGGCGGAGGUCUCCCUGCUCUGCCACCAAGUGCUCUCCCGGCGCUUCCAACCAAUGGCCUCCCAUCGCUCCCCGUCAGCGGUCUCUCAGCUGCUGGCCUCCCACACCUCCCAGUCGAAGCACCGUCCCUCACCCUCCCUGCUCUCCUGCAGACCUCGUUCCCCACUGGCUCCAUCCUGCCCGUCGACAUCAAGACCCUCGUCCCGCUGGCCAACACGGACAUCAUCUCCACCUUGUCCGGCUUGCCAGCCAACGCCGCAGCUACGGGUGCCAUUCAGAGCGCUCUGGCCGCGAUUCCAACGUCUGGACUUCCGACUCUGCCAGAAGUUCCAACUGGUAUUCUGCCAGGCGGCCUUCCUGAGCUCACCGCCGCACCAGAAGUCAAUAGCAUCUUGGAGAGCGUCACUUCUGACGCUCUUGCCAAGGUCAUCAGUGCUGUGGCCUCUGCUCUCGCGCAAGUGGCUUCCGUCGCUGGCGGUGCGCUCCCAACUCCAGCCGCUGCUCUCCCAUCGAGCGUCUUGAGCGCUCUCCAGAACCUCCCAACUGCUCAAAUCACCGGUGCCGUCGCAGGCGUUACUGGUGUCGCAGCUGGCGUCGUGCCAACCGGUCUGCCUGCUACACCUAGCAUCCUGCCCGCUGUUGGCAGUGUGCCAAACGUCACCCUGCCAGGCCGCAUGAUGGAGGAAGAUUCUGAGGAGUCUGACAAGGACGAGGAAGCCAAAGAGAAGAGACAGCUGCCCGGUGGCCUUGGCGACCUCCUCGGUGGAGGUAGCCCGCUCGCUGGUGUUCAAGGUGCUGUAGGCAGCUUGACGAGCGGCGCUGGUCUUGGUGCUGUCGUUGGCGGACUGACUGCCAACAACCAGCUUGUCGGCAACGUCGCCAAUGUCGUUAAUGGAAUCGCUGGUGGUGCUACACCGCUGUCCUUCUUGAACCCACUCCUUGGCAGCACUGGCGGUCUCGCUGGUCUCAGCGCCGUUCUCGCCGGUACACCACUCGGCGGAAUCCUCACCAGCCCAGCCGGCAUCCCAUCGAUCGUUCUCUCAACCACGAAAAACAUCCCCCUCCUCGCCCCGCUCUCCUCCCUAACCGGCGGCGUCAAAUCCGCCGCCACCCUCCCCCUCACCGACCUCCUCUCCAGCCUCCCCCUCCUCUCCUCCCUCGUCCGCAACGCCAUCUCCACCCUCAACACCUUCGGCCUCUACAACGUCGACCCCUUCACCCAACUCGUGCCCCUCACCAACAUCGCCGCCCUGCAAACCGCCGUCCAGUUCAUCAACCCCAAAGACCUCGCCCUCGCAACCUACAUCCUCGGCGGCUCCGACGUCCUCUCCUCCAACGCGUUGGGGAGUCUGCUCCAGGAUCCGACGCAGUUGGUCAAGGCGGUGAGUGCGGCGGCGCCCGUGGCGGAUAAUUUGCCCGCCGUGGCGAGUUUUUUGGUGUUGGGGAAUUUGGGCGCUACCGGGCUGCAGAAUCUUGUGCCCGGGGUGGAUACGAGUGUUGUGCAGAAUCUUUUGGCGAAGUUGCCGGUUGGAUCUCUGCCGACGCUGCCGACUGGGGCACUCACUGGAGGGUUGCCUGUUAAGGAACGUUUGAGAUACUUGAAAUACUUGGGCUGGCUGCAGUGCCACGCUCAUCAGCCCAUACGACGACUUGCGCCUCUUCUAGGAAUGACCGGUAUUUCAAAAAUCAAGAUGUCUGUGCGGAGAUGGCCACUGGGCUCUGACGAGACACUCAAUGUUCUGGCUUCGGCAGCGAACGAGGGAAGGAAGCUAUCCCAGACUACCCGCCAUCACGAAGCGGCCGUUGCCAUGGAAAACCCAGUUCGAUCUCACCAAGAUGAGAUCGUCCUUCUACAGCAGGAGAUGCAGGAGGCGCCCGAGGCCCAGGAUGAAGAAUCUUCGGGGGUUCCUCCACCAGGCCGAAGCUACUAG